UGGCUGAGGCAGAGCUCCCAAGAGCACUGGGAUACCUGGGCGAUGGGUCACUGCGACCAUGGAAAGUUCUAAUGAAACAGCAGACCUAUGCCGGCUGACUCCAUCUUGUUCUGUGUCCUCCACCUUGAGUGACUAUGUCCCCGACAUGCCCCCUUUCUGGGAAAAUCACAGAAACCUCAGACCACGCCUCCUCCCCUUGAGUAACCUCCCGCUCACCCAUUCAAACUUCCCAAUCAAAACAUGCCCGGUGACCUUCGUAACAGGACUCCGACCCUUCCCCAGCCAAUCGGCUGAGGCCACAGCCAUUACCUCACCAACUGCCCCUAGACCCCUAUAAAACCUUUGUGCUUUUGAAACUCGCUCUCUCUCCCUGGCAUCUCACCGCUGCGUCGGUGCAGCCCACGUGGGACGAUUGCCAGCAGCUUUUGCAGGUCCUGUUCACGACUGAGGAAAGAGAAAGAAUCCUCAAUGAGGCCCAAAAACUAGUUCCGGGUGCAGAGGGGAAUCCCACCACCAACCAGGCUCAGAUAGAUGCCUCCUUCCCCUUAACUCGGCCCCAGUGGGAUUUCAAAACGGCAGAAGGUAAGGAGAGGCUCCGGGUCUACCGCCAGACUCUAAUGGGGGGUCUCUGAAUGGCUGCUAGAAAGCCAACCAAUUUGGCCAAGGUAGGAAAUGUACAACAGGGAAAAGAUGAAUCUCCGGCUGCCUUUUUAGAAUGGAUCAUGGAGGCAUUCCGUACCUAUACCCCCAUGGAUCCAGAGGCUCCGGAAAGCAAGGCAGCUGUUAUCAUGGCCUUUGUAAACCAAUCGGCCAUAGACAUUAGGAGAAAAUUACAGAAAAUAGAUAGACUAGGAGAAAAAAGUCUGCAGGACUUACUGGUGGUAGCCGAAAAGGUAUAUAAUAACCGGGAGCCUCCUGAGGACAAGCAGGCUCGCGCCAUGGCGGCUGCCAGCAGUAAGCAGACUCAAGACCUGGCCAGAAUACUACUAGCUACCACUGCUGACUCCCCCGAGGAACGAGACCGCCGUCUCCGGCAGCUGGCAGACGACGCAAGAAAAGGUAAAGGAACCACCAAGGGGGGGAAGCAGAGGCUGCAGAAGGAUCAGUGCACAUACUGCAAGGAGAUAGUACAUUGGGCCCGAGAUUGUCCGAAAAAGGCCGGCGGGAAUGGAAGCAAGACUGAUCGAGUAAAAGUCCUAGAGCUAGAUGAACUAAGUGAUUAGGGGAGUUGUGGUUUCGACCCUCUCCCUGAACCCAGGGUAACUCUUAAAGUGGAGGGGACCCCUGUUGACUUCCUUGUCGACACCGGAGCACAACAUUCGGUCCUCUGCACCCCACAAGGAAAACUAGCCAGCAAGAAGUCCUGGGUACAAGGGGCAACUGGUAUGAGCCAGUAUUCAUGGACUACCCGAAGAACAGUAGAUUUGGGAACGGGCCGGGUAUCCCACUCCUUUAUGGUAAUACCAGAAUGCCCCUACCCGCUGUUAGGACGGGACUUAUUGACCAAGAUUGGAGCUCAGAUAACUUUCAGACAAGGGGGGCCUCAGGUCACCGAUGGCAAGGGCCACCCCAUCCAGGUCCUGACCAUGAAACUGGAGGAUGAAUACCGCCUCCACCAGGAGGCACUCCCGAGAGAGGAUAAUAUAGACAGAUGGCUACAAGAAUUCCCCUCGGUUUGGGCAGAGUUGGGGGGGGGGGGAUAGGACUAGCUGCUCACAGGACCCCGGUCCUGGUAGAGCUCAAGCCAGGAGAGAGUCCAGUAAGGAUCAAACAAUACCCCAUGUCUCAGGAGGCCCAGAAGGGGAUCCAGCCACACAUCCGGAGACUACGAAGCCUAGGGGUACUAGUUCCUUGCCAGUCUGCCUGGAACACCCCCCUAUUCCCGGUCAAAAAGCCUCACACAAAUGACUACCGACCGGUACAAGACCUCCGGGAAGUAAAUAAGAGGGUCGCGGACAUACACCCAACUGUUCCCAACCCAUAUACUCUCUUGAGCUCCUUGGCGCCUUCCAGGGUCUGGUAUACUGUACUAGAUUUAAAGGACGCCUUCUUCAGUCUGCCGCUGGCACCCCAGAGCCAACCCUUGUUCGCCUUCGAGUGGCAUGAUCUGGAGGAGGGCUACAGUGGGCAACUCACCUGGACACGGCUGCCUCAGAGAUUCAAAAAUUCGCCCACCAUCUUCGACGAGGCACUACACGAGGACCUGGGUGAGUACAGAAGGGAGCACCCUGGCCUCUCCCUCCUGCAGUAGGUAGAUGACAUCCUGAUUGCUGCCGACACGGCCAAAGACUGUGAGCGAGGGACCCAGGACCUGCUGGCUACCCUGGGGGCCUUAGGGUACCGGGCAUCCCCGAAGAAGUCUCAGAUAUGCAGGGAGAGGGUAAGUUACCUGGGAUACAUCCUGGAGGGCGGACAGCGGCGGUUAUCAGAUGCCAGAAAAGAAACUGUCCUAAAGAUCCCUACUCCCCCCUCCCGAAGAGAAGUGAGGGAAUUCCUAGGAUCAGCCGGCUACUGCUGCCUCUGGGUUCCAGGUUUUGCUGAGAUCGCCAGGCCCCUAUAUGAAGCUACCAAAGAGGGGGAAACAUUUAAAUGGGCUGAAAAAGAAGAAACUGCCUUUAAUCAGUUAAAAAAGGCCCUCCUAAGUGCCCCAGCCCUGGGCCUACCAGACAUUACGAAGCCCUUCCACCUCUUUGUAGACGAACAUAAGGGAAUAGCAAAAGGGGUUCUAACUCAAGCCUUAGGCCCCUGGAACCGCCCAGUGGCUUACCUGUCUAAGAAACUAGACCCAGUGGCUGCCCGCUGGCUGCCAUGCCUAAGAAUUAUUGCGGCGACAGCACUCCUAGUCAAGGACGCAAACUGACCCUAGGACAGGAGAUCUGGAUCAUGACCCCACACGCCAUUGAAGGGGUCCUGAAACAGCCUCCUGAUAGAUGGAUGAGCAACACACGUAUGACUCAUUACCAGAGCCUCCUACUCAACCCUCCAGGAGUGCGGUUCCACCCCAGUGUGGCCCUCAAUCCUGCAACCCUGCUGCCCGACCCUGACCUAGGUGCUCCACUACAUGACUGUGCGGGAAUCCUGGAACAAGUACAUGGAUUCUGGACGGACCUGACCAACUGACCCUCCCUGAUGCCGAGGCUACUUGGUUCACUGAUGGCAGCAGCUUUGUGCGAGACAGACACAGGUAUGCAGGUGCAGCGGUGGUCACCGAAACGGACACCGUAUGGGCGGAGGCUCUACCCUCCGGAACGUCAGCCCGGUGAGCAGAGCUCGUUGCCCUUACCAAGGCGCUAAUGUUGGGGGCUAGAAAACGGCUUAACAACUACUGGACCCAGGAGACCCAGUUUUACCAGACCAGCCCAAAUACUCCCAGGAGGAGUUACAGCGGAUCAAGAAACCCCCCAUGGCCCAGGAGAUAAAGGGAUGGUGGUGUACACCUAACAAGGAGCUCAUGCUGCCAGACUGGCUCAGAGUCUCAGUAUUCGAGCACAUGCAUCGGUCUACUCACAUGGGGGCCCAAAAAUUAAAAGACUUAAUCCUACAUGCCGGAAUCAAGAUUCACCAACAGGACACCAAAAUAGAGCAAGUUGUAUCUGCCUGCAAGACCUGCCGACUCACCAACGCUAGAGCCACAUCAAAUAAAAAAGGAACCAGGCUCAGAGACACCAGACCGGGAGCCCAAUGGGAAGUCGACUUCACUGAAGUCAAACCAGGAAAGUAUGGUUAUAAAUAUCUUUUAGUAUUUACAGACACCUUCUCUGGCUGGGUGGAGGCAUACCCAACCAAGCAUGAAACGGCUCAGACGGUGGCUAAGAAGCUACGAGAAGACACCUUACCCAGGUAUGGUUUUCCUGCCGUGGUAGGAUCAGACAAUGCACCAGCUUUUAUCUCGCAGGUAACGCAGGCAGUAGCCAAGGCUGUGGGGGCAAACUGGAAAUUACAUUGUGCUUAUAGGCCCCAGAGCUCAGGACAGGUAGAAAGAAUGAAUAGAACCCUAAAAGAGACCCUUACCAAAUUAACCAUGGAGACUGGCAGGGACUGGGUGACUCUCCUACCGUAUGCCCUUUACCGGGUUAGGAACACUCCUUACACCUUGGGUUUUACUCCCUACGAGAUCAUGUUUGGCAGGCCACCCCGUGUUAUUCCCAACCUUCGAGCUGAACUUCUUGCUGAGUUUAAAGAUCAAGAACUUUUUCUUUCCUUGAGAGGGCUCCAGAGGGCACACGAUGACAUUUGGCCGCACCUCCGUGACAUCUACGAGGCUGGCUCGACCCCGACACCUCACUACAGGCUGGGAGACUGGAUCUAUGUCAAGAGGCACUGCCGAGAGACCCUUGAGCCACGCUGGAAGGGACCCUACAUCGUGGUGCUGACAACCCCCACCGCUCUCAAAGUAGACGGCAUCGCAACCUGGGUCCAUCACACCCACGCUCGAUCCAGAAGGACUUCAUCACGCAAUGGGCCAUCAAUCGGGACCAACACAACCCGCUCAAGCUCAAGCUACAGCGCAUUUGACCCACCUAAUAUUGGUAACUCUGUUAGCUCUGCUUGUCACUGCUCAUGCUGCCGGGAGUCCCCAUGCCCCCCAAAACAUCACCUGGAAGAUCAUAGACACUAUCUCGGGGACAAUACUUAAUCAGACCUCCCAGAGCCAUCCCAGGGACACAUGGUUCCCAGAAUUUUGCGUAGACCUCCAAACUCUGUUCCCCUUGUCACCAUACGCCCCCGGAUUCCAUGCGCAGAUGCAGCCGGUCCCAUGAUUGGGUCCGCAAGCUACAUGGCAAGGGGGGAAUGAAAGAGCGGACCUACGCCAGCCGACUCCAUCUUGUUCUGUGUCCUCCACCUUGAGUGACUAUGUCCCCGACAUGCCCCCUUUCUGGGAAAAUCGCAGAAACCUCAGACCACGCCUCCUCCCCUUGAGUAACCUCCUGCUCACCUGUUCAAACUUCCCAAUCAAAACACGCCCGGUGACCUGCGUAACAGGACUCCGACCCUUCCCCAGCCAAUCGGCUGAGGCCAUGACCCUUCCCCAGCCAAUUGGCUGAGGCCACAGCCAUUACCUCACCAACUGCCCCUAGACCCCUUUGUGCUUUUGAAACUCGCUCUCUCUCCCUGGCAUCUCACCGCUGCAUCGGUGCAGGUAGGGAAUUGAGCUUGAGCUAGCUCAUCAGACUCGGCUCCCUGGUGGUCUUUGUGGAUCACGAAUUCUGGGCAUAACACUAACAGGGCCAGUCUUACCUUGCAGGGCUGCUGUGCGGGCUAAAGGAAAUCAUAGCUACAGAGGAACUCAUCAACCAUGGGACACCUCAUGACCUUGGUUUUGCUAUAUUCCAGUGGUUCUUAACUGGCAUGAUUUUGCCCCCAGGGCACAAUUGGUAGUGUCUGGAGACAUUUCUGGUUGUCACAAGUGGGGAGGGGGUGGUACUGGCAUCUAGUGGGCAGUGGUCAGGCCACUUACAAUGCACAGAACAGCCCCUCACCCUCCCCAAUAAAGGAUUAUCCAGCCCAAAAUAUCAAUAGUUUCCAGGUUGAGAAAUCCUGCUAUAUCCUACCACCCAAGAGAAAAUUUCAAUUUACCAUUUACAUUGACUCAGAGUUUAUAUUACAGCUCAAGUUUGUAAUACUGGGGCUUUUCUUUCUGGGUCAUGACUUUGUCAUCUUGAAGAAAACCCAAAUAUGCCUCUUGUGUUAAUGUCAUGAGUCCAUAUCUCCUUGCCCCGGAUACGUACACACUUUCACGUGUGACUCCCGGUCGUCUCAUUUGACUACAUGCGGUGUGCCUGUUCUGUCCCCAUGUCAGCUCAUGUGGGAAACUCACUCUCUGUCUCAGUAUCCACUGCAGUGUGAGGGUGUGUGUAUUCAUGCCAUACCCACUAGAUAAUUUGUGCAUGCGUGCAGGACAGUAUCGUGUGUGUGUGUGUGUGUGUGUGUGUGUGUGUGUGUGUUUGUCUUUCAGAGGGGAUUGGGAUAGAAUAAGAGAUCUAUAAGGCAACAAUAUCCCAGUCCUUAGUUUUUCACCUGCCGUGCUAAUGGGCCACAUGUAACCAUAAGUGUUGCAACAAUGGGUGUCUGAAAAGUAGAGAGUGAGCAGGUGCCAUUCAUUAGAGGGAGCUAUGAGAGAAUGGUAUUUUAAAAAUGGAAUGUUCUCUGGGGCUCCUGGGUGGCUCAGUCAGUUAGGCAUCUGACUUCAGCUCAGGUCAUGAUCUCGCAGUCUGUGGGUUUGAGCCCAGCAUUGGGCUCUGUACUCACAGCUCAGAGCCUGGAGC